GUGGAAUAGAGAGGAACUAAUCCUAAACCAGGUUUCACGUGUCUCGGUGGCAUUGAUCUGAGAUGUUCAAAAUUCUGAGUGGGAAUUCAUAGACUUGACUUUGUAGAACAUGUUUUGUCUGUUUAUCCAGGGAUAGGUUUGUGAUUUGUGUGUAGGGUUAUUUGUUUUUGAGACAGUCUCCAGUUUCCUGGUUUAAUUUUCACUCUACAUGUGCCUAAAGCUGCCCUCAAUUCCUGACCCUCUGCUCCUUCCAGAGCACUUAGGAACUUAGGCCCGUAUGUGGACUGCCAAACCCAGUGUUUGCUCUGUUCUUUUGUUUGUCAGGGGCUUACUGUGUAACCCUGCCUGGCCUCACACCCCCCUCCCUCUGCCUUCACUCACUGCAUUUGUUUUGUUUUCUAAAAGUUUUGGGCCUCUUAUUCAUAAAGUAAUUAUAAUAUAAGGGUCAGAGCAAAUGUAGAUGUUCAAAGGGCUGUUGUCUAUCACAGUGCAAAAAUAAUUGCAAAAAAUUAACCUUAUUUUCAGUUUUACUUUCAUGGGUUUUAGGCUCAAUACAUUCCUGUGUACCACAUGCAUGCUCGGUGCCCUCGGAGACCAGAACAAAAUGUUGUUAGAUCCCGUGGGACUAGAGUUUCAAAUGGUUGUUAGUCGCUUUGGGUGUCGGCAGUCAAGCCCAGGUCUUCUGCAAGAGCAUCCAGAGCUCUUUACUGCUGAACCAGCUCUCUUAGCAUUAGUUCAAGAGCUAGGACCUGAGUGUAUUGAAGCUUGCAUUGUGAGUUGAGUCUCACUGAGUGUGAGUUGAGCAGAAGUGUUUUUUCUGGUGAUGGUUUUGUUUGAAUGUGUGCUUUUAUCUACUAGAGUGUUUGAUACCUAAAUACUUGGUUAGGGAAUCAAAUGCCUGCUUGUGGGAUCUACUGACCAGACUCUGAGAAAGGCAUUGUUCUCUCUAGAGGCGGCCUGUCAGGAUGGUUCCCUUACUACUUACUGAGCUUGAUGAACUGAUUUUCUCUAACCUUACAUGUGUGCUGUAACACCGGUAUGACAACAGCACUCGAGAAUGUAUGUUUGAAAAAUAUGUGUCUGCAUCCUAAUUCUACUACCUUUUUAUAUAUUGUAGCAAAGUCACAUCACUUUUCUGGGCCUUCAUUUUCAUAUCUGAGAUGACCCUACGCUGCUUUAGAUGGUGGUGAUUAAUAUUGCUGGUUAAGAGAGAAGAACAUUUGAUGUAUGGUGACAUACUGUCCUGUAGUCAUCUUGGGUACAGGAACUGCUUGAUACCUAUUGUGGGAAUGUUUGCUCAUGGCCCUACAACAGUUAUGCAGAGUCUAAUCCUCUGAAAGUAAAUUUCAUGGCCAGAAAUUAAAUAGGUUUCUUUCAGAUCUCAUAAUCAUAAGUUGGUAGGUAGAAAAUUUGCCAUUGUAAAUUCUGUUUCUGUUAGAAGUUGGGAGUUCAAUCACAUAUGCCUAGGUAAGUCUUUUAAAAUCUUGAGGAGUUUUAUGGUGGCUUAUAUAAGCCUAUAAUCCUAGCACUGGCGAACCUUAGGGAAGAGACUCGCUGAGUUGAAGGCCAUCCUUGGUUCCAGUAAGUCUGUCUCAGACGGUUGAGUCUACUUGGGUUGUGCAGUUUGCUUUGUGGAGCAUGGCAUAUGGUCUUAUUUUUUGUUGUCAGUUAUUUUUUUGAAGCAGAGUUUCCGUGUGGCUGUUGUUCUCCUGCCUUAUCUGUUGUGCGCAGUUAAUUUCAGUGCCCUGUUAUAGUAUAGUGUCAGGAGCUCAGAUUGAUGGAUUUCUGUCAGCGUUAUGAAUUGCUGACCUUCAAAAGGUUUCUUGAUUCUGGUGACUGUAGUUAUGGGGUUUCUCUUUGUUAUCCAGGUUAGCCUUGAUCUGAUAACCUUUUGAUUGAAAAAUAUUUUAUAUUUUUCUGAAAGGGUAUAGGCAGGCAUGUUAAUCUGUUUUAUACAGACUGAAGUUAACCUUCCAGGAGUCAGGAAGAGUUGUGUUUCUGAGAUCCGAAGGAAGAGUACUGUUUCCAGGUUUAGGUUUCUAUUAUGGAACCUGGCAAAGCGGCUGAGUAGCUCUGUGGCGGAAGACUCCAUAUAGGUGAGCUGGUCAGACACCUGUGGCUUGUUCGCCUUUUUUUUUUUUUUUUUUUUAAUUAAAAAAAAAACAAAAACAAAGCAAACAGGUAAACAGGUGCUGGCGUAGGCCUCAGCUGGUUCUAAAAUGGCAAAAGUGGUUAUUCUUUUUUUUGUUUGUUUGUUUGUGGAAAGAUUUACCUAGUGAGGGUAGGAGACAGUCACAUCUGAAGAAGAAAGAAGUCAGAGUUUCUACAAGACUCUUUCUUUCCUUAGCCGCUUAUAAAAAGGAGGUGUAAGUCUGCUAGUUAUCUUAGUCCAGUGUCUGUUCCUAUGAGAAACACCACAACCAGAAGCAAUUUGGAGGGGAAAGGAUUCAGUUCAGAGUAUCGUUUAUAGCCCAUCCUGAUGAGAAGUUCAGAGAAGGAGCUCAGCAGGGGAGGCAUGGAGGACACAUGGGGUGGCAGCACCCACAGUGGACUGCACCCCUCACACGGGUCAAGUCUGCGAGCUCCCCAGCAGCUGUUUAACAAAGACAUUUCCUCACCUGAGGCGCCUCUCCCCAGAUGGCGCUUAUGUCAGGUUGACAAAACACUAACCGAGCCACUGUGGCACCCCUUCCCUAAAAGGGGACAGAGCUGGGCUGACUGACCGGAUAGUUCCUCUCCAUUUGCGAUCUUUGUUCAUUCAUUUGAGGAAUUUUUUCUCAGAUAAUAAUAUCAAAAUCAUCUAGAAGCAAUUACCUGGCAUUUAAUGAAUUUAAUGAGUUGAUUUUUUUCUCUGUGUGUGUGUGUGUGUGUGUGUGUGUGUGUGUGUGUGUUUUGCCUACAUGUAUGUCUUUCAUCACGUGCACACAGUGCCUGGAGAUAUUUUAAAAAAGGUCAUUAUGUCCCCUGGGACUGAAGUUACAGGCAAUUGUGAGCAUUCAUGUAGGUGCUGGGAAUUGAACUUGGGUCCUCUGGAAGAGCAGUCAGUGUUCUUAGCUAGUUGCCGAGCCAGCUCUGCAACUGGUGAGUUAACUUUUCACUGAUUUUAAUAUAAAAUCUAAAACCUAGUAUGCCAUUACCCAGGCAACAGAAACAGUGAUUCUUGUCCCCUUAACAACACUUUCUAAUUGUAAGUGUAAAGUAAGGCAUGUUUGUCAAGCUCCUUGUGUGAGCAUGGACAGCACUUAGACCCUCAUGUUUUCACCCUUGUACAUAGCACACCCAUUUCUCAACCGCUUCUCUACUCUUUCUCUUCUACUCUGGUCCAUACCUUUAAAGGUCAUUUCCUCAAGUGCAAAGGUAUCAUAAGUAACUGCUAUGAUGGCUUCACAAGCAAGUGCAGUUUUUUGUUGACUGGAGAAAAUCCCUGUAAUAUGUAGAUGUAAGCAAGCAUAGCAAAUAAUUCAGUGUCUGGAGACCAGGGUGCAAAGUCAUGUAUGCAUAGCUUUCUGGGCUCACUUAUCCAUCCUAACCUAGAAAAGUAUAGUCCAUUUGUUCAAACAGCAGCUUCUGGGGAGUAGGCAGCUUGUCAGUGGCCCCAUGCCUUGUAUUCAUAUGAUCUAAGACCAGUGGUUUUUACCUGCUACAUGUUAGAGUAGCAGGUAAAAAACGGACAUGUUGGGGUUGGGGAUUUAGCUCAGUGGUAGAGCGCUUGCCUAGGAAGCGCAAGGCCCUGGGUUCCGUCCCCAGCUCCAGAAAAAAAAAAAACAAGGGGUUGGGGAUUUAGCUCAGCGGUAGAGCACUUGGCUAGCAAGCCCAAGUCCCUGGGUUCGGUCCCCAGCUCCGGAAAAAAACAACAACAACAACAAAAAAAAAAAACCCGAAAACAACAACAAAAAAAAAAAACAAAAAACAAAAAAAAGGACAUGUUCUUCCUAUCUUAUCUUUCUGGUUUUCUCUUUUUAAUUUUAUUUCAUGUACGUUGGAGUGAAUGGGGGUGUCAGAUCCCUGGAACAGGAGUUACAGACAGUUGUAAACUGCCAUGUGGGGGCUGGGAAUUGAACCUGUGUCCUCUGGAAGAGCAGCCAGUGCUUACAACCUCUAGAUGGGGUUUCAAACAGGCCCCAAACUCAAAUCCACCUGGCUCUGCUUCUCAAGUGCUGGGAUUAAAGGCAUAGGCUGCUACUGCCUGGCCCAAGGUUAUUUUUAUAAUUUUCUUUGUAUUUAGAAAGAUCUCUGUAGCCUAGACCAGCCUGGAACUCACUGUGUAGCCCAAGUUCCCAAAUGCUUGGAUUAUAUCCACAAGCCAUUGUGCCUGGCUUAAGUUAAUGUAUUUAGCACGUGUUUACUUCAGGCUGACUUGAUGCCUUGAUUAUCACUGUCAUGGUACCUAGCAUGUGUUAUUGGCUCUCAACUUACUGAGAAAGUGAGCCUGGAAACUGCCCAUAAUAAAUAAUUAGUGAAAAAGGGGGCCCUGAAAAUGAAGCCGGGUGGGAUAUGGGAUGCUGGAGGGAGGGAAAAAGGGAGUAAUGUUGUGAUUAAAUUUUAAUUCCCUAAAGUAAGCAAAUACCAACAACAUUGCUGUGUAUACUGUAUGGGAUGACUUGGUCCUAUUACUAGGUUGUUUUCAAUGCUAGAUCACGGCAGACGGGACAGGCCCGGACUCCUGGUUUCCAGAGUAUUUUUUUAGGAAGUGAGGCUACGAUGUGGUAUCCAUCCUGUGAAUUAGCUGCUAGUUUAUGUCAAGACAGUGCUUGUAAGGGGCAGGUGAGGCCUUUAAUUUCCUCCUGGGGGCAGAAUUGUAAGAGAGUGUCCUAAAAACUGAAGUCCGACUUGUGAUUAACUUGGAGCUGUGGUGCUGUUUGAUUUUUGAAGGAAGAGGAUGGGUGCUUAAGACAGGGUCUCACUAUGUGUAUAGCCUUAGAUGACCUGGAACUCACAGAGAUUCACCUGCUUCUGCCUUGUGUGUUCUGGAAUUAAGGUCAUGUGACAUCACUGGCUGGGUUGUAAAAGAUUCUAUUUGGGCAGUCCUGCAUACCUAUCAAGCACUCACAAGAGCCUGUGCCUGCAGCUCCAGGGAGUUCGGCCCUCUUCUGACCUCGCUUCUCCCUGCAUAUACACUCCCUGCAUAUACACGCUCAUGAUGCACGCACAUUCUUUUGGGCAUGCGACUCUCUCUCUGUCUCUGUGUCUGUGUCUGAGUUUCUGUUCUCUUCAGCUAAACAUGGUACUUGGUAUAUACUUGUAGCCUCAGGUCUGGGGUGGUUGAAUAGGUCUGUGCAUGGAGGAUAUCUAAAGAGGCCUUACCUUUUCAUUGAUGGGGGUAUUUGAUUGUUUUAAGAGCUAUUUAGACAAGUGUGGUGGUUUCCCAGAAUAAUGUAUUCCCCACCCCCACCCCCCGGAGCUGAGGACGGAACCCAGGGCCUUGUGCUUGCUAGGCAAGUGUUCUACUACUGAGCUAAAUCCCCAACCCGUAUACUUUAUUUUAAACAGGGACACUUUCAUGAACUUCUGUUUAGACUUGAAACUGUGCUGGUGAUGAGACAUGGAAAAUGGGUACAAGAAUACAAGCCCCAUUGAGUGAGGGAAGAUAAUUAACUUUGUCAUUUUUAGCCUGCAUUAAAAAUUAUCUGUCAAUUAAUGAAAAUAAAUAUUACUGAGCCCUACUUGAAAGAUCGAUUCAUUGGGUAUGUAUGCAAAGUUUGCAAUUUUUUUUUAGUUGGUAUUGAUGGUUCUAGUUUACAUGAGACACUGACCUUUAAAACUAGUCUAGGUGGCCACUGUAGCAGCUUUGAGAGAGAUGGGGACUUAGACUGCUGAUUGCUUGUCUUGGGAUUUGGAGGGUGGAUGGUGAGUUGAAAAUAGAGAAGGCAGCUGGGUGGUGGUGGCACACAUCUUUACUCCCAGCACUUGGGGGCAGAGGCAGGAGAAUCUCUGUCGGAGGGUAGCCUGGUCUACAGAGUGAGUUCCAGUACAGGCAAGGUUACACAGAGAGAUUCUGCCUCCAAUAGCCAAGAAAGUGAAAGAGAGGAGUUAAAGAAAAGGGAGGAAGAAGGGCAUGGAGAACAGUGAAAGUGGCUGGGGAGUCUCAGGUAAUGUAAACGGCUUACCGUACAAUAAGCACAGGCCUGAGUCUGAGCUCUGGUGGCCAUGAAACUGAGCCAGGAAUAGUGGACAGUGCUUACAAAACUAAUGCUGGGAGGUGCCAUCAAAAGGAUGUGGACUUCCUCAUCCAGCCAGUUCUAGCCAGGGAGAGACCUUAUCUCUAACCAAGGUGAACAGCACCUGCUGAAGGUCAACCCAGGCUGUUCUCUGGGUUCUCUGCUCCCCUUCAUGACACCCCAGCUUAGACAGACUGCCCUGAAGCUGCGACCUUGGAGCAGCUGAUUCCUCGCUUAGGGUAGCCCUCACUGCAUAGCCACCCAGGAGCUCUUCUGCCCAAUGGGCCCCUAAAUUACAAUCUACCUAAGAGAUUUCGAGAGGCAGACAGGUGUCAUAGCAGAGUAUUGCACAGCCGUGACCUGAAUUCAGUCCCCAGAAAUUGGCUGAAGCACAAGGGGAUUUCUACAGAACUGUCCUCUGCUCUUCACAGUUGUGCUGUGGCGCAAGAGACAAGCCUUUGUCUCUUCUGUUUUCUCCAUUUCCCUUCUUCCUCUUCCAGGUCUCUGUUAACCUCUCACUGGUGUCUUGCUUAGUUUUUGUUUUUUCCCCUUUCCCUUCAAGUUUAUCUUUAAUAGUUUACCAGAGGGGUGCGGAAAGGGACCUGGUCAUGUACUGCCUGCUUCUUUAAACCUCUUGACUGACUGUCUGUUGUCUAUAGGUUUAGUGUUGUGACAUAUAAGGUCCUUCAUGUUCUGAAGGAUAGAGGGUGGACAUGUGGACAUGUCUAGUGUGUUAGACACAAAGUCUCACUCCAUAGCACAGGCUGGUCUUGAGUUCCCCAUCUCCUCAGCCUCUCCAUGACUGGGUCUGCAGACACACAUGCCCAGGGUUGAGAAAGGGUUGUUUAUUUUUAAAAAAAAUGUGUAUGAGUGUUUGUCUACAUACAUGUAUAUAUGUGCAGCACAUGGGUCCCUGGUGCCUGCCAUGGCCAGAGGAGGUUGUCCCUGUGGAGUUGUGGGAGCUGGCAGGUGAAUGAGACCUUGCAAGAGCAGCAAGUGCUCUCUCCCUGGUGGGCGCCGGCCCCCUUGUCCUCUAUGGGGUGUAUUUUUCCCAGGUAAGUUAGUUCCCUGUCUCUGGAGAGAAGCCUGGAGCACUUGAUGACGCUGCCCCUGCUUGCUGAGUCAGUGAUUCGUGUGUGUCUGCGUAGGUGAGCCUUGGUGGCAUGCGCUCUUUAUGUCAUCUCAACUAUUUGGCAGACCAAGGCAAAGGGCUUCCAAGUUCAAGAAGCGCCCAGAUAACUCAGUGAGACCCUAUCUCAAAAAAGCCAGCUGGGCAUGGUGGUGUACACCAUUACUCCCAGUACUUGGGAUGCAGAGGCAGUCAGAUCUCUGAGUUCAAGGCCAGCCUGGUCUACUUAGAAAGUUCCAGGAUGACUGGGACUGUUACACAGAGAAACCCUGUCUCAAAAAAAAUGAUGGUCGGAUAGAGAGAUAAUGUCUUUAAUCCCAGCACUCAGGAGGAGGAGAUCUCUAUAGUGAGUUCUACAAGUCGAGUAUGCACUGGAGGUAGAUGAACCUGAGGUAAGAAAAAGUCUAGCAAGGCCAGAGGUCACUAAGAGUGCACUGAAGACAUUCAGGCUCCGACAGGUUCCUAGAGUGAGUUGUACUGUAGAGGAUGAACAUUAGACCAUAAGCGUUGAGCUUGGGGUUUCCUUUAAAUUGUUGCUGUUCUCUAUGGCUUGGAAAGGCCAGGGUCUGAGAUCACGGGAGUAAAAGUUAAACUGUUAUAUUUAAUUCUGGUGAGAGGUACAAGGGUCUGCCCCCUCUAUCAAAUUGCAUGGUCUUGUUCAGGAAAGAAUUUCCCAAGUUUGAAAAUAGAUGUAUCGUACUUGGUGCAAAAUGUAAAGACAUUGAUUGAUUGAUAAGAUCUUUCUAAGGGAGAGAGAAGAGAGGGAAAUGAUCUCAUCACCUAAGUCUAACAGGGGAAACUUAUUGUUGAGUCCAAGUUAAGUGUCAUUUUCUGGUUUAGAAUAAUUAGCUUUAGUAAGAUGUCCGGAGACAUGGCUAAUUACUAGUCAGAGAUGAAAGACUAAAGCUCUGACAAGAUUACUCAGGUAGUGCUGGAGAGCUGUCUUGCUUGAUAGUUAAUAGUUAAACCAUGAAAUGAAGUAGACCUUAGCGGCUAUGAUUAGAGUAUAGAGAACAGAGCCAGAUGGAGCCCUGAACAAUGCCUGUAGUCACAGGUGGAGGCAGCCAGCAGAGAUGGAGAGAUCGGCAUAGGACCAGGAUUGGAUAUUUCGGGAGCCAAAGGAGAAGAGAAAACAGUCUGUAUCAAGCUUAUAUCAAGGAAAACAGACAGGUGGUUUGUCAUGAAGCAUUUUUAUUGGGAUCUUUUCUACAUAGGCAAUGGAAAUGAACACAGGGAGGAAUGGCAGGACAGCCUUGUCUGUCCCUUCGACUCUUCCUCUAUCUCAGACAGCCCUGGCGGGCUUGAAACCUACCGAUCAUCCUGCAGCUGCCUCCUGGGUACUACAGUACGCUGGGCACUACACAUGCAAUGAGGAGAACUGUUAAUAGGUACUGAGCAGGAGAGCUGGCGGGGUCAGCCCAAGUCCCCUGCCCCACAGUGGAAGAGGAAAGGGUAAUGGUGCUGGAAUAGGGGAGAAAAAGAAAACCGGCUUAGAUUAUGGAGGUCAUUCUUCUCUGUCUGAGAACUUGGGUUAAGAGGCUGCUGUUGAAGAUCUGAAUCUUGGGUCCCUACUUGGCGGGCAUGGGUCUAUUUAUUAAAGUCAAGUCUGACAGGACCAGAGGCUUGCUUUGUUUGUUUGUUUGUUUGUUUAUGUUAAUUCCUUUUUUGUUUUGUUUUGUGUAUAGUCCUGAUUGUCCUGGACUUGCUUCGUAGACCAGGGUGGUCUGAAGCUCAGAGAGAUCAGCCCGCCUCUGCCUCCAAAGGGCUGGGAUUGAAGGCACGCACCCCCAUACCUGGUUCUUUUACCCCUUGGAGUUUUUUUUUUUUUUUUUUUUUUUUUUUAAGAUUUAUUUAUUUAUUAUAUAUAAGUACACUGUAGCUGUCUUCAGAUACACCAGAAGAGGGCAUCGGAUCUCUUUACAGAUGGUUGUGAGCCACCAUGUGGUUGCUGGGAAUUGAACUCAUGACCUCUGGAAGAGCAGUCGGGUGCUCUUAACCGCUGAGCCAUCUCUCCAGCCCCCCCCUUGGAGUUUUAACCAUCUUUAGAUAGCACUGAGUGGGUCUGGGAAGGUGGCUCUAGCCACCUGCAGACAGCUACAGUAUAUUGAACUGUACCCAUUCCUGUGUCAUGUGAAAAAUACAAUGUUCAGAGUCAGAACUUGGCUCUAACUCUCAUUUCAAAUGAAACAUUUCCUUUAUCAUGCCACCCAUAUAAUACUGCCAUAGAUGAUCUAGUCAUUUGCUGUUUGUUGAGAAGAGACCCCUCUAUGUUUCAGUGUUUUGCAUUUUCUUAAUGAUUGUUUAUUUUUAUUCUACAUAUAUCUGCGUUUUGCAUGUAUUUCUGUGUAAGGAUGUUGGAUCCCCUGGAAUUGGAGUUACAAACUUGUGACCUGCCAUGUGGGUGCUGGGAAUUGAACCCUAGUCCUCUGAAAGGACAGCUGGUACUCUUAACCACUGAGCCGUCUCUCCAGCCACUGUCUUGGAAUGUAUUACUUUAUGUGUAGGGGUGGUUUUGUAUGUGCAUCUGUGUACCACAUGAGUGCUGUGUAUGCCAGCUACCUGCAGAAGCCAGGAGGAUGUGCACAGGUUCCCCUUGGACUGGAAUUACAAAUGGUUGUGAGGUACCAUGUCCUGCCAGAGAACAGCCAAUGUUCCUAAGUUUUGAGCUGCUCCUGGUCUUACCUCAACCUUCACUCAGAUCUUCCUUCCUCUACAUCAGUGUUGGCAUUACAGGGAUGAGCCACCACACCAUCUACAGUCAUGCUCUGCAGUAUAAAGUAUCAGUAGGCCUGUCCUUGGGUGGGAAGGACAGUAAAUGGAUUUCGCUUUUUAGAAAUUGGAUUUGUUUGUUAAGUCUGUGCCCAUGGAUUCCCAAAUACCACAUUGCUUUGUCGGGGUCAGAACAAUUUUUGGGAUUUCCACUAAGUGGACCAGAGAUCUAAUUCAGACCCCUCAGGCUGAGCCAUCUUUCUGGCCUCCCUUUCACUUUUGUUUGUAAGUCACAGGUGAGGAGAUGUAAAUGGGCCACUGGGCAGCUGUCUCCCAGGGUAAGCCAUUGGAAUGAGGAGUCAUCUAGAGAACUUCGGAGAAUAGGCCUGGCUAGGGUUUGGGUCCUCACCGCCUGGGUUUUGGAUAGCAGUGAGCCCUCCCUGUCUUAGAGAACUUCUGGUCUGGAACAAAGCCCCCUGGUUAAUGCUAAAUUAAACCCGCUCUUUACUACUCAGAAUAUCAUCUGUGGAAUUGCCGGAGGAUGCAGACAGUUCUACCUGCCCUAUCCCUGAUCUGUUGGCCUUUCUUCUUUUUCCUUUUUUGAGACUAUAAUGUAAUUACAUCAUUUCCCCUUCUUCCCUCCGAACCUUCCCUCAUAUCACCCUCCUUUGAUGUAUUUCAGAUGCGCAUCUUCUUUCUGAUUACUUGCUGUUAGAUGUGUGUCUGUCUGUAUCUAUACUGAAGAAAAUGAAAGGGGAAAGGAACGUGACCGGUCAUGCUGGGGUAGAGGAGAAAGUUUAUUAUAGAUGUGUGGGAGACCACAGCCAAAGCCAGGCACCUCGGAGAGAGUCCAGGGUGGACAUGACCGUUUGAGCUGGGGAGAGGGGAAACCAGGGAACCAGAAGCAGCAACCAGGAGGUCUAAAGUUAACAAAAUUACAAAGAGCUAGUAACUAAAAUCAUUAUAGAUUAUACAGUGAAGAGCAGCUCAGCCUAUUGGGUUGGAGAAAUCAGGAUAAAGGACAGGGUAUGCUGGCCAGGAGGACCUUGUAGCUGGUAGGGUGAACCUGGCUGCCAGGUCCACUUUGAUAUGUUAAGUAACAGGCACCUCGGCCAGUUGACCCUUGUAUGUAUGUAUAGAUGGAUGGAUUUAUUUGUUUGUUUGUUUAUAAAUUCAACCUACUCAGUCUAUGUAAUGUUGGUUGUAUGGCUUUGCUUGUUUUGUUUGAGACAGGGUUUCUCUGUACACCUGGAACUCACUCUGUAGCUCUGACAGGCAGAGAACUCACAGAUUUUCUGUCUCUGCUUCCUAGACUACUGAGGUUAAAGGUGUGUCCCAUCAUCACCUGCCUGUGUAUGUUUUCUAGAUUUUUAUUUUGCAUUUUUGUGUAUUUUAUGUAUGAGUGCUCUGUUCACAUGUAUGCCUGCAUGCCAAAAAGGACAUCAAAUCCCAUUAUAGAUUGUGGUAGGCUGCCAUGUGGGUGCUGGGAAUUGAACUCAGGACCUCUGGAAGAGUAGCCAGUGCUCUUAAUCACUGAGCCAUCUCUCCAGUCCUAUAUGUAUAUUUUCAGGAGUGAAAUUCAGCAUUGGAUCACCAGUUGCUGUGUUUUUCCAUGGAGAAGUCCGUAUUUCUUCCUGUUCCUUAGUUGCUGGUGGUUCUUUGUCUUAGGUCCCCCUUCCAAGUUAGCAUGCCUGGUGGUGCAGUCCUUGUCUGGUCUCGUUUCAGCAGCCAUUUUGAUGAGACAUAUCUCAAGCCAGUUCCCUGCUCCUCUGUGCUCACAGCUUUUCUGCCUUAGGAAGAAGGCUGUGUCAUAGACGUCUGGGUCCUUUAGGACUGCUUAGUUUGUUUAGUCAGGGUCUCACUCUGCAGCCUUGGGUGACAUGAAACUCAAGAGAUGGGGUGGGUAGUUACCUCUUCCCUGCUUCUGCCUCUAAGUCCUUGACUGGUAUUACUCUAGACACCUUAAGUUAUCCAUGGGUCUAAUGACUUAAAAAGCCCAGAGUUAGGAAUUUUCAAAGAAAAUGAGGAAAUACCAGGCUGGGAACUUGAGUGUACAGUACAAGUUCCUGACCAAGUAUAAUAAAGUUUAAAUAGUCUCUGGUUGUGAGAUUACAUCACUUGUUUUAUGGAUGCUUUUGAGACCUUGAUGUCCUCAGGGCUGCAGCUCCUAGCAUUCCUCUGCAAUCUUAAAAUCCCUCAUAAUUCCCAGGUGUCGUCUGUGUCUUGUUGUGUCGUCCCACCCCACCCCAGUACUCCACCCACCCCACACACCCUACCCACCCCACCCACCCUGCGAACCCCAUCCUGCGUUAUUUCUUUUGAUUGAUUGAGAUACAGUCAUUCUCUGUGUCUAUCCAUAUUGCUUUGCUAUGUAACUCACAGUGAUCCAGAACUCUGUAGCCCAGGCUGUCCUGGAACAUCCAGCUCCCUCCUAAGGGCUCAGUUUGUGGGCGUGGCUCUGUGUUCUGCUUUGUCUCUAAUGACCCAGCAGGUUUCUAGUGCAGUUUCUUAGGAACUUGGUUCUCAUUUUUGGUGUUGGCAUAACACCAUGCAUGGUAUGUUUGCUCGAAGACUUCGAAUUCUCCGAUCUAUGCUGUCGGCUAAGUUUAUGUAUGUGUUCAGUAAGCUUUCCUGAAAGGACUCCUACAUGUUGCUACCUAGUUAAGCUUAAGCCGUCUUUUUUGCUAUCUUUUGGGGAGGAGCAACAAAUCCCAUGAAUGGUUAAAGUUUUGGGGAGAAUUGAAGGAUUUUAAUGAUGCUGUUUUUAUUUCCUAAGGGUGACAGAUACUGACAGAAUAUUUUGGUAAGCAAAGGGGUGAUCUAAACCUGGCAGCACCUAGAAUUGAACCAGAGCGUUCUCUGUGUCCUUGAAAGGGAAUCCCCACCCCCACCCAAGACACACAGACAAAGACACACACACAUAGACACCUUCACUCGCCAUCCUUUUUCAGUCAGCCCGCUCUAGCUCAGAUCCUGCUGGUGCCUUCCGGAGCCUGUGCUACACACACAUAACUGCGUGCUGUCCCUGGGCCACUUCCUGUUUCUAUUCUCGUCUUCGGUGGCUCAGCUACACUUCCUGCCUGUGUCUCAUGCAGAUUCUUCUCUCUGGACCCUCUUGUUUUCUUUAGAAUAGCUUCAGCCUGAGAAGCAGCUGACCUUUUAAUAUGGUGGCUCCUGAGGUGGUCGUACCUAGAAGGGCUGAUGGGAAGUACCCCCUUCCCCAAUGAAGCUCACCACAUAACUGCGACUUGUGUUUCAGUUCAUCCCCAGCCUGCUAAAGGAAAUUAGACCAGAAACUUAAGAAAAAUAAUUGGGGCUAUCUUCCACUCACUCAUUAGAUGUCCUAGGUUAUUAGGACUGCUGUUCCUUGUUCUUUUGCAGCUGGUGCUUAGAAACAUGUUUCCUACCUCUGAGGAAGACACUCGGUACCCUGUUAGUGCAAGCAUCUCUUAGGGAGUCUAGAAUGGGUGGUGGGUGGGUAUCACUGUCUUCUGAACAGCCGAAGAGAACAUAAGGAUGAAAAGGGGUCCUGCUUAAGAGAACAGUUCAAGUCUUUUUGUUGGUGGAUUUUGGUUUUGUUUUUCUUUCUGAGACAUUAUCUUUAUACAUAGCCUUGACUGACCUGGAACUCCCUAUGUAGAAAGGUUGGCUUCAAAUUCAAAUAGAUCCAUCCAGCUGCCUUUGCCUGGGACUCCUAAUAGUGCGGGGACUAAAAGGCCUACUACACUAGUUCAAGUCUUUAUGCACCUUCCCAUACACACACACACACACACACACACACACACACACACACACUCCCUCCCUCCCUCUCCCUCCCCCCCCCUCUCUCUCUCCAACUGAGAAUGGGAGAGAAUGUGCAGGGAAGUUGUAAAAAACGGAAGAAAGGAAGGAGGCCAUUCUGGACCGAUAUAUUUAAAGGGCUCCCCUCCUCCUCCCAAGAAAAGCAUUUGUUUGGGAGUGUAAGCUUUGUGAUCGAGUCUGUUUUAUUUCCUACAUAGCUUCUCUGAUGGGUCACCUUAUAUACUGAAGCAGAGUGUUUAGGGCUGUAUCAUGGGUUGGUUGUAGAAAAACGUUCAGUAAUGAUGACUUUGAGUUCGUUAGGAUGUGGUGCUGUGCAGACUUCAGUCAGAAACAGUCACUUUGGCCUCAGUUUGACCCAGAAGCACUGUCUGACUGGCCCUGAGGUUCCCCCCUUCCCCCAAGAUCUGUGACCCAGGAAUCAAAAAGCAGCAGUCUCAGCCAGAGGUAAGGGCGCACACCUUUAAUGCCAGUACUUGAGAGGCAGAGGUGAUUUGAGAUUGGUUUGUUCUUCAGAGUGAGUUCCAGGACAGCCAGGGUUGCACAGAGAAACCCUGUCUCAAAACCUCAACAGCAUAAAGCAGUAGUUGCUGCCACCAAAAACUACGUAGGUCAAGCCUGGAACCAAAAUGCUCCUACAGAAACAAGCGGAAGAAAUGGAACUCUGGUCUGCACUGCCUUAACUGGACGUGGAGCUUACUGUCUGCAGUGGCUGAGUUCUUGAAGAUGUAGCUUCUAGUUCUUUAACAUUCACAGUUGCGGGGGAUGGAGAACUGAGACAGUAUUAACCGUGCUAACACAGUAUUAACUGUGCUGACGCAGCUUCUCCCAUUUCCCAUCUACACAGGCACUCACACACAGGGAGGGGGGGCUUGGGGCUCACCCAGAAAGAAAUGAAGAUGAGAAGAUACAGAUCAUGGCAUUAACUCUGGAAGGAGCAAGUCCUUCAAACCAAGAAUCUUGUGAGAUUCCUGACAGUGUAGGGAUGAUUCUGUUGCCUUGUCUUGGCUUACAUUCAUUCAUUUUUCUUCUUUUUCCCUCUCAUUUGAUGUUUUUAUAAUGUUCUAUAGAAAAUACCAGCCAAACCCAGAACACCAACCCCAAAAUACAUAAUCACCAAGUUAUUUUUGUUUGUCGGGGUGGGAUGAGGUGGUUGGGUCUUUGGAAAUAAGCCAAGUCUACCUAGAAAUACUUUGUAGAGAAACCAUUGGGACUCCCUUUAGUUAAGUUGGGAAUCUGUCAAACUUAGUCCAGAGGCUUUCUGUGGAGUUGUUUUCCCAUAUCAAGUGAGACACUUGGAGCUCUGCCUGGAAGGUGUGUUGAGUCCGAGCAGUUCUGGUGCCGUUCUGAGGAGCCAGUCCUUAUCCAUCAUCUCCUGUGUCCUAAGCCCGUUCCUCUUCCCCCGCGCACCAGCAUGGAACUGACAAGUAUUGUGACAUAAUCUUUGAUUACCAUGAUCACCCUCUAAGCUAGCAGCCUCCUUCCCCGUUUAACACUUACCAGAGGAGGCUGAGAAGCCAUGCCUUUGCAGCUGGAACCUAGAGAUUGAAGACAGGAGCUCGAGAAUCAGCACAGUUGUCACUUAAGGCCAGCCUUGAUGUAGAAGGAAUGCUCAAUAUUGUCUACUGAGAUGAGUUAAGGAUCUGUCUGGUUCAAUCGAUGAUCUCCCCAUGGGGACAGAAGGAGCUCUGAGUCCUGGCGUGAGCACAUCAGGGAUUUCCAGCAGCCAAGGAGAACAGAGCAAUCCAGCUCAGUCUCCUUUUUCUCCUCACACCUCCCCUCACCUGCCUGGCAUCCGAGGCCCGUCCCCGUCCCCUGUUGGCUCUCCUGCCAGUGUCGCUCAGUCUCGCUCAGGACCACUCUCGCCUGCUGCAGUGCCAGGCAACCAGAUGCCACCCCGGCCACCCAGUGGUCAGUCGGACAGCAUCAUGCACCCUUCCAUGAACCAAUCAAGCAUUGCCCAAGAUCGAGGUUAUAUGCAGAGGAACCCCCAAAUGCCCCAGUACACUUCCCCUCAGCCCGGCUCGGCCUUAUCUCCACGUCAGCCUUCUGGAGGACAGAUGCACUCGGGCAUGGGCUCCUACCAGCAGAACUCCAUGGGGAGCUAUGGACCCCAGGGGAGUCAGUAUGGCCCACAAGGAGGCUAUCCUAGGCAGCCUAACUAUAACGCCUUGCCCAACGCCAACUACCCCAGUGCAGGCAUGGCUGGAAGUAUGAACCCGCUGGGUGCUGGAGGUCAAAUGCACGGGCAGCCUGGAAUCCCACCCUACGGCACACUCCCUCCAGGAAGAAUGACUCAUGCGUCUAUGGGCAACAGGCCUUAUGGCCCUAAUAUGGCCAACAUGCCACCUCAGGUUGGGUCAGGGAUGUGUCCUCCACCAGGGGGGAUGAACCGGAAAACUCAAGAAUCUGCUGUUGCCAUGCAUGUUGCUGCCAACUCUAUCCAAAACAGGCCACCAGGCUACCCAAAUAUGAAUCAAGGAGGCAUCAUGGGAACUGGACCUCCCUAUGGGCAGGGGAUUAAUAGUAUGGCUGGCAUGAUCAACCCUCAGGGACCCCCAUAUCCUAUGGGUGGAACCAUGGCCAACAAUUCAGCAGGGAUGGCAGCCAGCCCAGAGAUGAUGGGCCUUGGGGAUGUUAAGUUAACUCCCGCCACAAAAAUGAACAACAAGGCAGAUGGGACACCCAAGACAGAAUCCAAAUCUAAGAAGUCCAGUUCUUCUACCACCACCAAUGAGAAGAUCACCAAAUUGUAUGAGUUGGGUGGUGAGCCCGAGAGGAAGAUGUGGGUGGACCGGUACCUGGCCUUCACAGAGGAAAAGGCCAUGGGCAUGACAAAUCUGCCUGCUGUUGGGAGGAAGCCUCUGGACCUCUAUCGCCUCUAUGUGUCUGUGAAGGAGAUUGGUGGGCUGACUCAGGUCAACAAAAACAAAAAAUGGCGGGAACUUGCAACCAACCUCAAUGUGGGCACAUCGAGCAGUGCCGCCAGCUCCUUGAAAAAGCAGUAUAUCCAGUGUCUCUAUGCCUUUGAGUGCAAGAUUGAGCGGGGAGAAGACCCUCCCCCUGAUAUCUUUGCAGCUGCUGAUUCCAAGAAGUCCCAACCCAAGAUCCAGCCUCCCUCUCCUGCAGGAUCAGGGUCUAUGCAGGGGCCACAAACGCCUCAGUCAACCAGCAGUUCUAUGGCAGAAGGAGGAGACCUGAAGCCACCAACUCCAGCAUCCACACCACAUAGUCAAAUUCCCCCCUUACCAGGCAUGAGCAGGAGCAACUCAGUUGGAAUCCAGGAUGCCUUUCCUGAUGGAAGUGAGCCCACAUUCCAGAAGCGGAAUUCCAUGACUCCAAACCCUGGGUACCAGCCCAGUAUGAAUACCUCUGACAUGAUGGGGCGCAUGUCCUAUGAGCCAAAUAAGGAUCCUUAUGGCGGCAUGAGGAAAGCUCCAGGAAGUGAUCCCUUCAUGUCCUCAGGGCAGGGUCCCAACGGCGGGAUGGGUGACCCCUACAGCCGUGCUGCUGGCCCUGGGCUGGGUAAUGUGGCUAUGGGACCACGACAGCACUAUCCCUAUGGAGGUCCUUACGACAGAGUGAGGACGGAGCCUGGAAUUGGCCCUGAAGGAAAUAUGGGCACUGGAGCCCCUCAGCCAAAUCUCAUGCCUUCCACCCCAGACUCGGGGAUGUAUUCUCCUAGCCGCUACCCCCCGCAGCAGCAGCAGCAGCAGCAGCAGCAGCAGCAGCAGCAGCAGCAGCAGCAGCAGCGACACGAUUCCUAUGGCAAUCAGUUCUCCACCCAAGGCACCCCUUCCAGCAGUCCCUUCCCCAGCCAGCAGACCACAAUGUAUCAGCAGCAGCAGCAGCAGAACUAUAAGAGGCCAAUGGAUGGCACGUAUGGCCCUCCUGCCAAGCGGCAUGAAGGGGAGCUGUACAGUGUGCCGUACAGCACUGGGCAGGGGCAGCCUCAACAGCAGCAGCUGCCUGCAGCUCAGUCCCAGUCUGCCAGCCAGCCACAAGCUGCCCAGCCUUCCCCUCAGCAGGAUGUCUACAACCAGUACAGCAAUGCCUACCCUGCUACUGCCACCGCUGCUACUGAGCGCCGACCAGCAGGCGGCCCCCAGAACCAAUUUCCAUUCCAGUUUGGCCGAGACCGAGUCUCUGCACCUCCUGGUUCCAAUGCCCAGCAGAACAUGCCACCACAGAUGAUGGGCGGCCCCAUACAGGCAUCCGCUGAGGUUGCUCAGCAAGGCACCAUGUGGCAGGGGCGAAAUGACAUGACCUACAAUUAUGCCAACAGGCAGAACACAGGCUCUGCCCCCCAGGGCCCUGCUUAUCAUGGUGUGAACCGAACAGAUGAGAUGCUCCACACAGACCAGAGGGCCAACCAUGAAGGCCCGUGGCCUUCCCAUGGCACGCGCCAGCCUCCCUAUGGUCCUUCAGCCCCUGUUCCCCCCAUGACAAGACCCCCUCCAUCUAACUACCAGCCCCCACCAAGCAUGCAGAAUCACAUUCCUCAGGUAUCCAGUCCCGCUCCCCUGCCCCGGCCCAUGGAGAACCGUACUUCUCCUAGCAAGUCUCCAUUCCUGCACUCUGGGAUGAAAAUGCAAAAGGCAGGUCCACCAGUGCCUGCUUCGCACAUAGCGCCUACCCCUGUGCAGCCGCCUAUGAUCCGGCGGGAUAUCACCUUUCCCCCUGGCUCUGUGGAGGCCACACAGCCUGUGCUGAAGCAGAGAAGGCGGCUCACGAUGAAAGACAUUGGAACCCCGGAGGCAUGGCGGGUAAUGAUGUCCCUCAAGUCCGGGCUCCUGGCAGAGAGCACGUGGGCGUUAGACACCAUUAACAUCCUACUGUAUGAUGACAACAGCAUCAUGACCUUCAACCUCAGCCAGCUCCCAGGGUUGCUAGAGCUCCUUGUUGAAUAUUUCCGUCGAUGCCUGAUUGAAAUCUUUGGCAUUUUAAAGGAGUAUGAGGUAGGGGACCCAGGACAAAGAACACUGCUAGACCCUGGGAGAUUGACCAAGGUGUCUAGUCCGGCCCCCACAGAGGAAGAAGAGGAAGAGGAACACGUAGAUCCCAAGCUGGAGGAGGAAGAGGAGGAAGGGGUUGAAAAUGAUGAGGAAAUGGCCUUUUUGGGCAAGGACAAGCCACCUUCAGAGAAGAGUGAGGAGAAGCUAGUCAGUAAGUUUGACAAGCUCCCGGUAAAGAUCGUGCAGAAGAAUGACCCGUUUGUGGUGGACUGCUCAGAUAAGCUUGGGCGCGUGCAGGAGUUUGACAGUGGCCUGCUGCACUGGCGGAUUGGUGGUGGGGAUACCACUGAGCACAUCCAGACCCACUUUGAGAGCAAGAUAGAGCUGCUGCCUUCCCGGCCUUGUGUGCCCUCCCCAGUGCCCCCUCGGAAACACGUCACAACAGUAGAGGGUACACCAGGGACAACGGAGCAGGAGGGUCCCCCGCCUGAUGGCCUUCCAGAAAAAAGGAUCACAGCCACUAUGGAUGACAUGCUGUCCACCCGGUCUAGCACAUUGACUGACGAGGGAACAAAGAGUACAGAGGCCAACAAGGAAAGCAGCAAGUUUCCAUUUGGCAUUAGCCCAGCACAGAGCCACCGGAACAUCAAGAUUUUAGAGGACGAACCCCAUAGUAAGGAUGAGACCCCACUGUGUACCCUUCUGGACUGGCAGGAUUCCCUUGCUAAGCGCUGUGUCUGUGUCUCUAAUGCCAUCCGGAGCCUGUCAUUUGUGCCAGGCAACGACUUUGAGAUGUCCAAACACCCAGGGCUGCUGCUUAUCCUGGGCAAGCUGAUCCUCCUGCACCAUAAGCACCCAGAACGGAAGCAGGCGCCACUGACUUAUGAGAAGGAGGAGGAACAGGACCAAGGGGUGAGCUGUGACAAAGUGGAAUGGUGGUGGGACUGCUUGGAGAUGCUCCGGGAAAACACUCUGGUCACCCUUGCCAACAUCUCGGGGCAAUUGGACCUAUCCCCAUACCCUGAGAGCAUCUGCCUGCCUGUCCUGGAUGGACUCCUACACUGGGCAGUUUGCCCUUCAGCUGAAGCCCAGGACCCCUUCUCAACCCUAGGCCCCAAUGCCGUCCUCUCUCCUCAGAGAUUGGUCUUGGAAACCCUCAGCAAACUCAGCAUCCAGGACAACAAUGUGGACCUGAUACUGGCCACGCCCCCUUUUAGCCGCCUGGAGAAGUUGUAUAGUACCAUGGUGCGCUUCCUCAGUGACCGAAAGAACCCAGUGUGCCGGGAGAUGGCCGUGGUACUGCUGGCAAAUCUGGCACAGGGGGACAGCCUGGCAGCCCGGGCCAUUGCGGUGCAGAAGGGCAGCAUCGGCAACCUCCUGGGUUUUCUGGAGGACAGCCUUGCUGCCACCCAGUUCCAGCAGAGCCAGGCCAGCCUCCUCCAUAUGCAGAGCCCACCCUUUGAACCAACUAGUGUGGACAUGAUGCGGCGGGCUGCCCGAGCGCUACUCGCCCUGGCCAAGGUGGACGAGAACCACUCAGAGUUCACUCUGUACGAGUCACGGCUGUUGGACAUCUCCGUGUCACCACUGAUGAACUCACUGGUUUCACAAGUCAUUUGCGAUGUACUGUUUUUGAUUGGCCAGUCAUGACAGCCGUGGGGCACCUCCCCUCCCCGUGUGUGUGUGAGUGUGUGGAGAACUUAGAAACUGACUGUUGCCCUUUAUUUAUGCAAAACCACCUCAGAAUCCAGUUUACCCUGUGCUGUCCAGCUUCUCCCUUGGGAAAGCCUCUCCUGUUUCUCUUCCUCCCCACCCUCACUCCCUCACACCUUUCUGUUCCUCACCCUCACCUGCUUCCCUCAGGACCCACCCUGUUGAAAGACAAAGCUCUGCCUACAUAGAAGACUUUUUUAUUUUAACCAAAGUUACUGUUGUUUACAGUGAGUUUGGGGAAAAAAAAAAUGGCUUUCCCGGUCCUUGCAUCAACGGGAUGCCACAUUUCAUAACUGUUUUUAAUGGUUAAAAAAAAAAAAGGAAAAAAAAAUACAAAAAAACCCUGAAGGACAAAGGUGACUGCUGAGCUGUGUGGUUUUGUUGCUGUCCAUUCACGAUCUCGCAAGGAGCCGCGAAGGUGGCAGUCGUGAGCAGCCCUGUUCACUGGCGAGGCCCGUGCAGUAGAGUGUAGGUCCUUCCAUGUACUGUACUGGACACCUGAUACUGUAAACAUACUGUAAUAAUAAUGUCUCACACGGAAACGAGAGAAGACGCUGGGUCAGCAGCAAGCUGUAGUUUUUAAAAAUGUUUUUAGUUAAAUGUUGAGGAGAAAAAAAAAGGCUUUUCCCCCAAAGUAUCAUGUGUGAACCUACAACACCCUGACCUCUUUCUCUCCUCCUUGAUUGUAUGAAUAACCCUGAGAUCACCUCUUAGACCUGGUUUUAACCUUAGCCGCAGCGGCCGCGCUGCCACGUGUGUAUAUAUAUGAUGUUGUACAUUGCACAUACCCUUGAAUCUCCACAGUUUGGUUCCCUUCCCAGCUACCCCUUUAUAGUAUGGCGAGUUAACAAGUUGGUGACCUGCACAAAGCGAGACACAGCUAUUUAAUCUCUUGCCAGACGUCGCCCUCUUGGUGCGAUGCUCUACAGGUCUCUGUAAAAAGUCCUUGCUGUCUCGGCAGCCAAUCAACUUACAGUUUAUUUUUUUUCUGGGUUUUUGUUUUGUUUUGUUUCCUUUCUAAUCGAGGUGUGAAAAGGUUCUAGGUUCAGUUGAAGUUGCUGAUGAAGAAACACAAUUGAGAUUUUUCAGUGAUAAAAUCUGCAUAUUUGUAUUUCAACAAUGUAGCUAAAAACUUGAUGUAAAUUCCUCCUUUUUUUCCUUUUUUGGCUUAAUGAAUAUCAUUUAUUCAGUAUGAAAUCUUUAUACUAUAUGUUCCACGUGUUAAGAAUAAAUGUACAUUAAAUCUUGGUAA